GAUCUAAACCAGGAAUGUUUGAUUUUAUGAUAUGGCCAUGGUUUGAGCGUUUUCCAGUUAUAAGUGAAUCUGGUUUUAUUUUGAAUGCUGAUGGUAAAUUACCGAAACUUGCCAAAUGGGUUGAAGCAAUGAAAGCAAAUGAAGUUGUUCAAAAAGUAAAAGUACCUGAAGAAAUAAUGAAAAAGUUUUUCAAUACUGUUCGAGAGGGCAAAGCAGAUUAUGAUAUUGAAUAG